AUGAUAGGGAACUUAGAUGGAAGUGGAAACAUAGAGGUGUCUACAAGGUUGAACCAUGAAGUUGUGAGUAUGGAAAGUAAUAAUGAACACAAACAUGGACUAUCUGUUAUUAUAAGAAAAGGAGGAUCGGGAGGAGGAGGAGGAGGAGGAAGGGGAGGCGGCGGAGGAGGAAAGGGAAGCGGAGGAGGAAGCGGUAGAGGAAGGGCGGUCGGUGGAGGAGCAGCUGCUGGAGUUCUCGGAGCUGGAGUUAUAGGUGGUUCAAGCGUGUAUCACGGGACUCAUCACUCCAACAAUUCUGCUACAUUAUUAUCUGCUGGGCCUCAAGUUUGUGUCUCAAUAUUUAUUUUAUGUUUGAGUUUUUGGGUUUAA